AUGGCUGAGGUUCUGACCAUUCUAGAGGUCGCUCUCUGUAUCACCGAGGUCGUCGAGCGUCUCUGCGUCUACGUCUCCACCGCCAAGAGCGCCAAGGAUGAUAUUCGCAAGCUCACCCAAGAGCUGCUUGCCCUCAAGGGCGCCAUGGACUACUUUGAUGCUCAGAACAAGAAGGACGUGGACAGUUCGCUGCAGGAACAGGCCCACUCCAUGCUUACCAUGGCCAAGGAGACUAUUGAUGCCGUGCAGCAGAAGCUGGGCACUCCCAAGGCUUCCUCCGUUGGCCGCGCCGUCCAGAGCUUAGCUUGGCCCUUCCGCGCCGGUGGCCUUGACAAAUAUCUCGUAACCCUGGAGAGGGCCAAAACCUGGUUCAUCAUGGUGCUCAUGCGAGACUCGCUAGACGCCACUUCCUCGGUCUUGGUCGAGAUGCAGAAACUCACCGCCCUCAUCCACGAGGAAAUUAUCACUCGCAACACCGACCGGAUGCUCCAAGAGACGGCCGACCUGCUCAAGUGGCUGUCACCCGUCGAUAGCGAGGACAAGCUAGCCAGCUCCAGGGAAGACCGUGCGCCGGGAACCGGAAAUUGGAUUCGCGACCGCAGCUAUCUGGCAUGGCAGAAGGACGGUCCGACGCAACAGCCAAUCUUCUGGAUCACCGGGCGGUCGGGCUCGGGCAAAACGGUACUGUUUUCUCAUCUCGUUGACGAACUCCGGAAACGAUCCAGUGCCGAUCCCUCGGCCAAAACUGCCAGUAUUGGCGUGGGCUUCCACUGUUGUUCCCUGGACGACGCAGCCUCUCAGGCCGUCCCAAACGUCUUCGGAUCCAUUCUGGCCCAAAUAGCGACGACGACACCCGAAAUUUUCGACUGCGUUCGGCCGCUGAGAAAGUCUGGAAGUACGCUGAUUCCUCAAAACAACUUGACUGUCUAUCAGAUCUUGGAUGUUAUGCGCGAAGCCCUCAACCAUUUCCAUGUCUUUUAUCUCAUGAUCGAUGCACUCAAUGAAACGAGCCAUGAGCUGCUGAUCGUCCGAACACUGCUGACCCUGUGCGGCAAGCACCCCAACCUCCGCGUUUUGCUUACUUGUACAAGAGAGCCCCUGGAAGAUGACUCGAGGAUAUUUGUUAGGCACAUGAACAACAACGCAGUUGAUGUCGACAUUGACCUUUAUGUGGAAAACAGGCUUGCUACCGAGCAUGGUUUCCAGUCUUUGAGUCCCAACAUCAGGGCGGAAAUCAAGAGGAAGGUCGCGUUAGAUGCUGAUGGAACUUUCCGUUGGGCAAAAAUGUGCAUGGACAGACUCAGCACGCUCCGUACCGGACGAGACGUCCGAAGAGCAAUGGCAGACAUCCCUUCCACCCUCAAUGAGUUCUACGCCGGCAUCCUCGCCCGGAUCUCGGAGCAAGACCGGGCCAUAGCCCGCGAGGCGCUUACGUGGCUUUGCUUCUCCCUCUGGCCCCUGCGUCUCGACGAGCUCGCCGAGGCAGUCGUCCUCGAGGAGGGUGACGUCGAUGUUGAUGGAGACAGCAGGCUGACCGACCCGGCCAUCGUACUCGAAAUAUGCCAGGGGUUAGCGCACGCGAGCGACCACUCCGUCACCCUUGCCCACGACUCCAUCCGCACAUUUUUGCAGUCAGACUGGAUCCGGACCUCCAUUGCCUCAGACUUUGCCUUGGACGCCGCGGAGUCGCAUCGCAGAAUUAUGCGCAAGUGUCUCUCCUACCUUCAUCUCAAGCCCUUCUCUUCAGGUCCAGUCAAAAAGAUCGAGCGAAUCACCAGCCGCUUUUAUAAGUACCCGCUGCUCAGAUACGCCACCUUCUUGUGGCCGAUCCACUUGGAAAAGUUCCCGUUAUCCAGCCAUGACGAGCACCUCAUUCUCGGCUUCUUCGAAACCAAGAAGCUCGAGCAUGGUGGCCCUUUCGAGACGUGGGUGCAGUGUCUCCUACACUCAACAAACAUCCCCGUCAUUCGCGAAACGGAACCGGUCUAUUACGCGGCGUCUUUCAACAUGACGUCCGUUCUACAGUUGAUACUGCGACCCGAGUACAAGGUCAAUGUCAACAAACGAGGUGGACGGUUCUCUUCCCCGCCACUGUUCGUGGCAAUCUGGAGGAGAAACGUGGAGGCGGCCAAGUUGCUCGUCGAAGCCGGGGCAAAUCCGGAUAUGACGGAUAGUGGCGGGAUGGGGAUGACUAGCCGACAACUGGCGAUCAGAUCGAAAAUGAACGAGCUUGUAGAUCUGAUGGAGCAUAUUGUUCCGGAGGCAUCAGUCGGGACUGCUUACAGGCAGCGGAAGUCUUCGAAGCAGCUAGCGUGA